GUGCGCAUGCGCAUCAGUACAGCAGCAUCAGUGCAUUCCGCCAAAUAAAUGAUUCUCUGGUUUGGCCAAUGAGACUACACGCUCCAUAUCCUGCAAAUAACAUAUGAGCUUCAAAACUGGGGCUGCUGCUUAGUUAAUAGACAAGAUGUUAUAAUAAGACGUUUAGAGUUCCUCCAUGCUUGGAGCUACGGUAAUGGCAGCUUUAGUCGCCUGGAAUUGUCGGCUGCUGGUCGUGCUCCGCUGAAAAACGCUACAAGUGAGCCAGCUGUCUUCUUGGGCACGGAAAGGCAAAGAAAUAGCCAUGUCUGCGAGAGAAAGAGCAAAGGGAAAGACGACUAAGGAUAGCCUUUCUUUACUCCCAUGCUUCUAUUUUGUUGAGCUUCCAAUCCUGCUGACCUCUGUAGUGAGCCUUUACUUCCUAGAAUGGACAGACAUUUUCAAACCAGUGCACUGGGGUUUCAGCUGCCAUGACCGCAGUCUGAGCUUCCCGUACAUCGAGCCAGCACACGAGGUUAUUCCCUUCAUCAUGCUCCUCAUCCUCACCUUCGGUGCACCUGCUGUCACGAUAAUGAUCGGAGAAGGCAUUCUGUUCUGCUGGCUGUCCAAAACUCAGAGCGGCCCUGGAGCUGAGGCCAACAUCAAUGCAGCUGGCUGCAACUUCAACUCAUACAUCCGUCGUGCCAUCAGGUUUGUGGGGGUUCAUGUGUUUGGUCUCUGUGCCACUGCUCUGAUAACUGACAUCAUUCAGCUGUCGACGGGUUACCCAGCACCGUACUUCCUUACUGUAUGCAAACCCAACUACACACACCUGAACUCCUCCUGUGAUGAGAACUCUUUCAUUCUGGAAGACAUCUGCUCUGGGACUGACACUGCCAUCAUUAAUGCCGGCAGAUUUGGGUUCUCAUUUUCCAGAAAAUCUUUCCCUUCCCAACAUGCAACCUUGGCAUCCUUUGCUGCUGUCUACGUCUCUAUGUAUUUCAACAGCACUCUGACCGACUCAUCUAAGCUUCUGAAGCCCCUAUUGGUCUUCUCCUUCGUCAUUAGUGCCAUCGUAUGUGGCCUCACACGGAUUAUCCAGCACAAGAACCAUGCCAUUGAUGUCUACCUGGGAUUUCUCCUUGGAGGGGGCAUUGCUAUUUAUUUAGGUCUGCAUGCCGUUGGGAAUUUCCAACCCAGUGAGGAGAAGCUGAAGAGUGAACCUCAGGUUCAGGAUACUGUUAGGUCCCUCGGUGAGCUUGGUCAACAUGUUGGCCACCAUCUGCGUGCUAAAAGCCGUAGCAGUAGUGAUGGCAUUUCAUCCUCACACUCAGAUGGCCUCCUUCACUGUAAUCUCCAGACCCGUCAUACUAGAUCCCUUACCAACCUGAAGAGAUCCAGCGCAGAUGUCGAAGUCCCACAGCCCCAUAGCCCCGCAGAUAAGGAGAGCAUGGUGACUUUUAGUAACACUCUGCCACGGAUUCAUGCACCAACCAUGGAUGAUGGUGCAAGGAGCACUGGAAACAUCCAUAUGUCCAUGGAAUCCAGCCGCUCCAAGCAGUUGUUAUCGCAGUGGAAGAGUAAGAAUGACAAUCGAAAGCAUUCCAUGCAGACUGUGGAGAGUGCCCUGGGCCAGUGUUCCACUAGCAGCAUGGAGACUCGCUGUAGCUCAGAGCCUUCCACCGUAGGCAUUAAUGGGGAACAGCAAGGUCCAACAGGGUCAUGUCUCAAACUGGCUACUGGAAGCAGCAGUAUACCCAGCAAUCCUUGUGGUAUUGCUGGAGGUACAAGAAUAUCUAUUCAGUCCAGACCAGGCUCUUCCCAAUUGGUGCACAUUCCAGAGGAGACUCAGGAAGGCAUAAGCACUUCACCUGGAGGUAGUCUACAGGACAAGUGGCUGAAAAGCAUGGAAAAGAAUGUCAAUGGACAACCACGUGUUGUGCCAGUGAUUGGAAUGUCCAAGCAGCACGGCCUGUUGCCCACAGGCUCCAGUAGUUCUGAAAGCAGUAGCCACACCAGCUCCACUGCACCUCUGCACCGCCAUAAGAGCCUGAGUGAGGAGCCUGGUUCAGGGGUUACCAGCCAGGGUAACAUCGUCAGAGUGGAGGCACACCCAGAGAACGGACGGCCUUUGGUUCAUGCCCACUCUACUGAAGGCACCGCCUUCUGGACCUGGAAAUCUCAGAGCAGCUUAAGACAGUCUUUUGAGCUCAAUGACCUCAACCAAGACUCAGAGAAUUGUGAUUCACUUAGGGACGGCUAUGGCUCCACAGACAGAAAGAGGAGCAACUCUGGUGCUCCGAUACAUGUCACAGUCCCAACAGUUCCUGCUGUCUCCUCUGUUUCCCCUCUAGCCAGUUCAGUAGCAGAUCAGCACCCUCAUCAAACCGUCUCCACCAUCCGGGUCACCCCUAUAGAGAGCAGUGAGAGUGGCCCAGAGAGUCGCGACUCAACACUGCGAAGGAAAAGCAAUAUGAUCCUAAUACCGGAAAGAGGGAACAGUCCAGAAAACACUAGGACCAUUUUCUACAAGGGCACUUCCACCACUCCAGCAUUUAAAGAGUAGCCAGCAUUUAAUGCCUUUUCUCUGUUUAUGUAUCACACAUGAGGUCCAUGUAUGAGGUGUUCACCAUAUUUGUCCACACAUGUACAGUUUGCUGGUGUGUUUUGCACUCUGGAUGACACCAUUUCUUACACUGCAUGAAAUCACUCGUUUAUAAAGUUGUCACAGUGACACAAAAGCACAAACCCAGAACUCUUCCUAUGCUGUUGGCUGUUGUCCUAAUGAAGAAGUACAGUAUAUUGUAGCAUAUAACCUGAUUAUUUUAUUCUACACACUGUGAAGUUGACCUAGUGCCAAGUCUUAACUUAAACACUGUAUAAAUGUUUAACAAAGUAAUUUUUCAGUGAUUACCCUAGCCCAUAAUUUUUUGUAAUAUAAAUAUUCUCUGAAAUGGGUGCUGUCCUAUUUAGAUAUGGGGGGAAAAAAGAGGGGGGAAAAGCUUGGAUCAGAAAAUUGUUUUGUGAUAAGCAUUUAAUGACCAUAAGUGCUUAGAAUAUUUUCUGUAGUUUGUUGUAUAGUCGUGUAAUCAGGGCUGGUGCAUGCUAUUCUGAUGCUCUAGGCGUAAAAGAAUGUAGCUAUACCUCCAACCAGUCCAUUGUUUAAACUUUUUACAAAUUGACCACUGGUGAUGACUGUCUUCUUAGCCAUUUAACGUGCUUACAGAGUGCACUCGUAGAGAGCUUGGUCAAAUGAAAUACUUUGCGAUGAAAUUGAUGGACAAUAGUGUUGGUACAUUUAAACCGUCCAUGCUCAAGUGCCACUCUACUGUAGGAAAUUGCCUAGUUCACCAUUAUGUAUGCACUGGUCCUGUUUGAAAUACCCUGCACUAUAUUCUCCUACUUGCAAUACAAAUCUGUGUUUUCACAACUCCAUCAUGAAAUUAUUUAAUUUGUGUCUCUUGCUCUCAACAGCACAUAUUUGCUCCACUUUGCUAUACACAGUUAUUUUAAUGAAUACUCCCUGGUCUCGCUAAGGUGAAAGUAAAUUCAGUAGCAAAUCAAGGUGCAAAGAUCACCGUCUUCCUUUAAUGUGUGUGAUAGUACCAGGUGCUCGUGGACACACUCUGCUGCUACUGUAAGAUCACUCACAGCCCAUACCUCCAGCGGUGCUGUUCACUACUCAUUUUUGCACUUGAGUGGACAAAGUGAGGCAGAAGUUACGUACGCCUAUGCCACUGAUAUUUCCAUUAUUCCACUC